AUCCCUAAUAUCUAUAAAUUUGUUUGAAAUUGUACUGUAAUGUUUAAAGGAAAAACGAUUAUUAAGCCAUUUCACAAAUAAAAAUGCAAUGUCGCGCCUGCACCAAAAACAAAAGCCAAAUCUUGGUUGAUAUGGCUGUCCCAUGCACAGAUGAUGGCAAGUGCCUUUUCGAUUACUUCAACGAAUGUACACAAUUACAUGCGUCGCCUAAGGACAGUUUUCCUAAAACUCUUUGCAAAAUGUGUGCUCAAAAGCUGCAAAUAGCCUACAACUUUCGGAAAUGUGCUCGGCAGUCGGAGGAAUUUUUUCACAAAUUUCUAAUUCCGAAUGGAGCGGAGACCGAAGCGAUUAUUUUUCCACCUAGCGAUCGUUUGUCUCUUAAGGAGGAGGUUGUAGUAGAACCUGACUUCCCUGGUGAGAAUAUCUGUGCAGAAAAUUUAAUAGUGGAAACUGAAGAGAUUGAAACGCGUCUUAGUCCAGAAGCUAUAGAAACUGAAUGUGUGUAUGCUGAGUUAUUAUGCGAGGUAUCAGAAUAUAAGCUGGAAAAAGAGGCGCUAAGUGAAUCCGAAGAAGAAGAUAAGGAUUCCAAUAUAGAGAACUAUCAAGAUACAACAACACCAGAGAGUUACUUUGAUGCGACAGAAGACCAAUGUGGCGAUUUUUACUCUAGUGAAUUUUUGGCCAUCGAAAAGGUGGAACGGCAAGAAAAUGCAGAGGAUAUGAAGCCCACGGUUGAAAAUGAAAAUGAGUUAGUAUGCGAGCAAUCAAAUGACAUAUCCGAAAGAUUGUAUUUAAAUGAAUCGAACGAUGAGAAAUCACUUUGCAAUGAAGAGGAAGAAGGAAGUGAAGAUGAAACGUUAGAAAGAAUAACCUAUCUCUGUGAGCCACAAAAUACAAUUGACAAUAAUUAUUCAGCAAAAACUUUUGUUGGCAAACGUAAAAAAAUAAAUGAGUCCAAGCAAAAUGGAAGGAAACCGAUGAGCGGUGAAGCCGGUCAGCAAACUGCUAGAGCCAAUAACAAGCAACAGGAAGUGCAAAAAACAAACGCUAAUAAAAGGACAAAUAUUCACAAUGUGAAAAUAAAGCAGAAACUUUUAUGUUCAUUUUGCCGUGAGUACUAUCUUUAA